AUGUCUGAAGAACAAAUAAAUAGCAAAGAAAAGCCUACAGUUAUCGCUUCAUCUUCUGAAGUUACUAGUGUUGAUGGUGUCGCAAAAGAUAAAGGAAAUGAAUUCUUUAAAGAAGGAAAAGUUAAAGAAGUAACUAAAGACUUUGGGAUUUUUCGUAAAGAUCUACAAGAAGAUGAUGAUCAAACAAAAAAAAAUCCAUUACAAGAAGAUAUUAAGAAAACUACCAGUAUAAUAUAUAGUAAUUUGGCUGCUAUUGAAUAUACACAAAAGGCCUUAAAAAAUGAUCCUGAUAAUAUAAAAGCUUUGUACAGACGUGCUCAAGCUUACAUUGGUGAUGGUAACACGGAUAAGGCCAGAGAGGAUUUGAAUAAAUUGACUGAGAAAGAUCCUAAUGAACCAGGAACACAAAGACUAUGGAAUCUUCUCAAACAAAAAGAAAAACAACAAGAGGAAAAACAACGUAAAGAUUUUAGAGGAAUGUUUGAUCGUAUGAAAAAAGAUGAGGAAAAGGAAAAAACUGAAAAAGAUGCUUCUAAUAAAACAUCAGAAACAAAGCAAAUUAAACCAUCAUCAAAAUCAUCACAUAAUGAAAAAAUAAAAUUAAACAAAGGCGAAAAAAGUGCCAUAGAAAAACAACUGGAAGCAAAAUUAAGUGAAAACGAAGAGCCCAGAAUUGUAGAGCUUGAUGAUUAA